GCUUCGUAAUUCUCCUCCUGCAAGCGUCUUUCCUUCGCAUUCCUCUCCCGGGCACGAAGAGAGGGGUCUCGAUCGAGUGGGAAGAAAGAGAGAGGAAGUGGGACUCCUCUCUACCCCCCUCUCUCCUGUUCGCUCGAAAAAAUGAAGAAUCCAUGAGGAACAAAGUCGAAGAAACUGGACUUUUCCAGCAUCACUGGCUUUACUCCAUAAUCUAAAGCUUGGGUUCAGCAAACUACUCUAUACGGUUUUGUAACCGGGGCUUUAGGGUGGCUAUUGUUCCUCCGAAUUCGGUGUUCUUCGAUUUGGCAAUGAAAUGGGGCAUACUUCCAAUCAUUUUUCUGUCGCAGCAAAUAACACUUGGAAGGUCGGAAAGAGAGCACAGGAGAUUUCAUCUGGUUCCAGUGCUUAUCAUGGAUAUAAUAAUGUGAGCCUCUUUUCAAGCUCGUUGCCAGUUCUUCCACAUGAGAAAUUAAAUUUUACAGAUUCAGAAUAUGGGUUACAGUCUACAAAUGAUGCUUCAUCUAGUAAUAAACUCAGUGAUGACAUGGAGCGUGAGGAUUCUUUUGGAGAAUUUGCUCAACAAGUGAUUGGGACUUUGUUACCCGAUGAUGAAGACGAGCUCCUUGCGGGCAUAAUGGAUGAUUUUGACCUAAGUAGGUUGCCUAGUCAAGUGGAGGAAUUGGAAGAAUAUGAUCUUUUUGGCAGCAGUGGGGGUAUGGAAUUGGACUCUGAUCCUACAGAGAGCCUCACCACAGGUAUGGCAAAGACGCAUAUUAGUGAUAUUUUGUAUGACCUUCCAAAUGGUGUUGGAACUGUUGCUGGAGAACAUCCAUAUGGAGAGCAUCCUUCUCUCAUAUCAAUGAUGCAAUAUUUUAGUAAUGUCAUUGGUCAAGUCGAUUUACUGUUACCUUUUUCUCCUUUGUUUCAGAAAUAUGGGGAUAUUCGGUCUCUUUACACAGCAUGCAAGCAUAGGGAUUUUGUGAUGAUAUCUCACCAUGAUAUCAGGGCAGCUCGAACUGCUAUGUGUGCAUUACAAAACAAGCCCUUACGGCAUAGAAAACUUGAUAUUCAUUUUUCCAUCCCAAAGGUCAACCCGUCAGACAAAGAUUUAAACCUAGGAACUCUUGUUGUCUUUAAUUUGGAUCCAUCAGUUUUCAAUGAUGACCUCCACCAAAUAUUUGGGGCUUACGGGGAAGUCAAAGAGAUAAGGGAGACACCACACAAACAGCAGCAUAAAUUUAUUGAGUUUUAUGAUGUCAGAGCAGCAGAAGCAGCUCUUGGGCCAUCGAACAAGAGUGACAUAGCUGGCAAGCGCAUAAAGCUGGAACCUAGCCGCCCUGGUGGAGCUUGUUGGAACUUGAUGCAGCAGUUGAGCCAAGAACUGGAACAUGAUGAAACCAGAUGUUACAGACCUCAAGUGGGUUCACCUAUUACAAAUUCCCCUCCAGGAACGCUGGCUAAAGAAUCAGAGGACGGCCAAUCCUCAUCUCCAACAUCGCUCCUUCAGGCAAUUAUCACAAAAAAUACACAUAUGUUGCAGAAACCUUUAGUUCCGAAGACCGAAAAGAAAUCCAUAAGAAUGCUGCUUGCCGACACCAAGUUGGGAUCCGCAGACACAAUGCCUCAAAUGGAUGUUGUAACUCCAAUAACAACUGUUCCAGUAAUCAAUCCAUCAAACCCGACCAUGACAACUCCUACAUACAAUCCUGUCCCAACUACUUCUGGUUCGAUGACUCCGCCGAUGACACCUGAUACAAAUCCAUACUCAACUCCAACAAUAUCGUCUCCAUCAUCAUCGGGUCAAAGUUGGUGUGUUGCAAGCCAAACUGCUUCACAGACUGCUUUGCAAGUUGCUUUGGACUAUGCUUGUGGUUACGGAGGGGCAGAUUGUUCACAAAUUCAACCAGGUGGAAGCUGUUACAAUCCUGAUACUGUUCGUGACCAUGCAUCCUAUGCUUUCAAUGAUUACUACCAGAAGAACCCGAUCCCGACUAGCUGUGAUUUCGGAGGGACUGCUAUCAUCACCAACACUGAUCCCAGUACUUCAACAUGUCACUAUCCAUCAACCAGCACAAGCUCAUCUGUCCUCAACACAACCAACCCAACUGGAUCGGAUGUGUAUGGAUCUGUUCCUCCAUCUCCCAGCGGCACUACCUCGAUGUCAAAAAGCAUGGCACUUCUAUUCACCGUGACAUGCCUUCCAAUAUUCCCAAUCACUUUAAAUGUAUAUAAAUAGGCAUCGCAGCCGCUUCUCCUGUGAGUUCCUAUGAAAGGAGGUAGGAGCACAGACCGAAGAAGAGAACAAAGGGAACCCUAUGGGCCUCUCAUUUUCACUGUUGAGCCAUUGGUGCUGAUCAGGAUAUGAUUCUAAACAGAGCCAUCAGCCAAAGAGAACUAUCUCCUGCAGGUUCUGUAGCAGAAAAGUUAAAAGGAUCUCUACCUUAGUUAUACUCUGGGAAGAAUUAAACUUUUCCUUUUUUCCCAUAGAUCUCCAGUUUAUGUACUUUAUUGUUUCAUUUAUAAAUUAAUAAGUUCUGGCAG